CUACUAUCUAUUGCUCGUCAACACCACCCUGCAGUAUCACUCGAUCUUCAAGGAUGGAAAGCUCGUCCACUUAUCCUCAAACCUCUUCAGACGAACGGUUACAACUGCGGAGUUUGGGUACUAGCUGGAAUUAUGGCAGUCUUACAAGGUUUUCAUCUUACAGGCUUGCGUGAGGAUGACAUGGAGAGCUUCUGGCAUUUACUAUAUUGCCUUGUUCUCAAUCUCGAU